ACACUUUUGUACUCUUGUUUUGAAACAUCAUAUGCCACCCUUGCGGUGCAGUACUUUUAUUUUGUCAACAAAAUACACCGGAAGUAGUCAUCCUGUAUACGGAUACGGAGCUGGGAGACAAAGAUGGCGGACGAGGAGCAUCUCUCGGAGGAGCCGGAGCAACUCGACUUUCUCCGAGACCGGCAUGUUCGCUUCUUUCAGAGGACUUUGCAGGUUUUGCCCGAGAGAUAUGCAUCUUUGGAGACCACCAGGUUGACUAUAUUAUUUUUUGCCUUGUCCGGCCUGGAUGUGCUUGAUGCUCUGGAUGUCAUCGACAGCAACGUCAUGAUCGAGUGGAUCUACUCAUUGCAAGUGCUACCCACGGAAGACCAAUCCAACCUCAGCCGUUGUGGUUUCCGAGGAUCGUCACAUAUCGGAAUUCCGUACAGCACCAAGGGUCCCGGGGUGCUGCAUCCUUACGACAGCGGCCAUGUCGCCAUGACGUACACGGGACUGUGCUCCCUUCUCAUACUCGGAGAUGACCUUAGUCGGGUCAACAAGCAGGCAUGCCUGGCCGGCCUCAGGGCCCUGCAGCUCAAUGACGGCAGUUUUUACGCCGUGCCAGAAGGCAGCGAAAACGACAUUCGUUUUAUCUACUGCGCAGCCAGUAUCUGCUACAUGCUAGACGACUGGUCGGGCAUGGACAUCCAAAAGGCCAUCGAGUACAUUCGAGGAAGCCUGUCGUACGAUAGUGGUUUUGGUCAGGGAGCCGGGCGAGAGUCACAUGGCGGCUGGACAUACUGCGCCAUCGCCUCCUUGUGUCUGAUGGGUCGAUUGGAGGAGGCGCUGAGUCGGCGGGAACUGGACAGAAUCCGCCGCUGGUGCAUCAUGAGACAGCAAAGCGGCUUCCACGGGCGGCCGAACAAACCCGUUGACACGUGCUACUCCUUUUGGGUGGGCGCAACGCUAGAGCUUUUAGAUGUGUUCCAGUACACCAACUUUGACAAGAACAGGACCUUCAUUCUGUCCACGCAGGAUCGAUUGGUUGGUGGUUUUGCUAAGUGGCCAGACAGCCAUCCAGACCCUUUGCACGCCUACUUAGGCCUGUGCGGUCUGUCUCUGAUCGGAGAGCCCAGCCUGAGGAAAGUCCAUCCUGCUCUCAACAUCACCCAGAGGGCAUUCGAGUGCCUCCGCCAGCUGCAGCAGACAUGGAGGGGACAAUAGCGACAACUGUGGCUGACAGGAGCAUCCGGCAGGUCAAAUCCGAGGCGGUUGGAGUCUUUCCGAUGCCAGGCCUCCGUUUAUUUGAGGACUCAGGAGCGUACAGCUCCUUAGCAACUUUGCAACGUGGCCUUGCUAUUGAGUGACUUUUCCUUAAAGCUGCCUUUUGGUCAACGGACUGCAGUCAGUGUAAGUGUUAAAAAAAGAAAUCAUCAGAGACCUGAAGACAUUGUAGGUGCCAAAUGUUCCUCCAUUGUUAGAGUGAAGGAGAACCCAUCUGCUAUGAUUCCUUGUCAAGCAGUAGCAGUAUUUCCAUUAUGGAGCGCACGGGAUCAGAAUCAUGUAGAAUGGAGCGGAAACGUUGAAGAAACCUCUUAAGCUCAAACCGUGUGCUUCUUAUGGGCAAAGCAUUUGAAGAUAAUCAAAGGACACCAAGCCACUACCUUUUUCCACACCACUGGUUCAUCCUUAGAAGGAAAGUACAAUUAUCCUCAUCCAGUAACACCCAUAAGACACUCUAAGGGCCUCUUCAAAGCACUCUAGUAUGCUUCUAGCCUGCCUGGUUUGGUCUCCCGAGUCUCAGCCCCUCAACUCCCACUGGUUCCUCCUCCUCAUCCUCCCUUUGGCUUAGUUUACUAAUGGGGAAGUUUGAUCAGGUGUAGCACAGUUGCAGCAGUAUACCCGGCGGAGUUGAGGUCAAGAAGCACCUGCUGGGGGCCAGAGUCUUUCUCUGACUUUUGAAAACAAGUAGAAAACAAAAGAACAGGGCAAAUAUAUAAAAAAAAAAAAAAAAUGGAACCCAAGACAGAUGAUGUUUGAUUUUUCUUUUUGGACUCGCUCGGGACUUGCUGCUGCUCUGCGGGGCAAGUUAUUUGGAAAAAUCAACAUAGGCGGUUUUAAAUCCCUAAAAACCUGAUUUGCUUGACUAUCCGUACCUUACUCCGUCUUGAUGGAACCACUUUAAAGGCCUUUUUCCACUGCAUAGUACCAACUUGGUUUGCAAGUUGUUACGACCAAGUUACCACUAGCUACUGUUUUGAGUGCCUGGUCAGACAAAAUUCUCCUAGCAGAUAGGAUUUGACGAAAACCAUUGAUCACUCAAAAUGUCAUUUGGAGCAUUUGAGGAUAUAUAGCUAGAAAUUACCCAAAAAUAAACAAACACACAAGCUAACAUUAGCUUAUCUUGCUGUGCCCUAGCUCUGGAUGCCAUAGUAUUAUACAGUCUUCACUUUGCUGUAAAGAGCCUCUGUAAUAAAUCACAGGUCCUGUUGGAGCUAGGUUUUUCCUUUGGGGUGGCCAAGGAUAUGUCAGGGGGGUCUGCAAAACUAAACAAAUAUGACAACCCCCAAACGAUUCUUGAGAAAACACAAAUAAACUUAUGUGUUCCUGGAAAAAUCAGGAAAUAUCCAAACGUCGACUAUCUGGCCUCCCAUCUGGUGGGUCUAAGAAAUUUUAAUGGGAAGAAACAAUUGAAAAGCAUCAGAAAUCUCAAGACCUCAGCUCUCUCAACACUGGUGUUCCUCGGGGCUCAUUCCCAGGACCUGUUCUAUUUUUAGUUAUCAGUAAUUUCAUGUGCUAUUCCCCCCCCCCCAUUGCCUCCCUUUUUUGAAAUACAAACUCACAAGCGGUUCUAUGUCCAUCUGUCACCAGCUUUGCACCCCGAAAUGUUUGCGAGUGAAUCAGAGCAGCUGCAGGAUACAGCACACUCACAUGCUGUGCAUGAAGCCAGACUGGCCAGUUUUGCCAAACUGGUCAACUAAAAUUAAACUUGCUGAAUCCUCACCAACGAGGGACUGUGAGAUGAUCUUCCCGCUUCUUCAGGAGCAAGCUAUGUGGAGGAGGAGGGAACGCUGAGAGUGGAGCGGGAUGAAUAAGUAAUUGGACACAUGCAUUAUUCACGGAUACUGGCGGGCAAGCUUCUCACUGCUCAACCAGCCCAAUUUUCUAGCCUUAUGACUGGAGGGACAAUAACAAUAGCUUUUUUUUAAAUGCGGAGAUCCCACAAAAUUUCCACGUCAGAGCCGUGAAAUACGUCUAUAGAAUUAUUGACACAUAGGUCUCUGAUACUUAUCAUGAAAGGUGAAACGACCACGGAAUGACGUGGUCCGAUCAUACUGUGUUAGUGUCCUUUAUAUCAGAAUAUCAUCAUUAGGAAGAAAAGAUGCAAAAUGUUUAAUUAUAUGUGCGUGAGGAGCUUGAGCUGCCUCUGGUUCAAAACGAUUGCAGUAUCAGAGACAACUGUAAAUUAGCCAUUUAUCCACCUCUGAUUUUUAAGCAGAACACAGAUAAGUGGGAUUUUGCCGCAGAUACUGAGAGGUUUGUCAGGGUAUGUAAAAUGUUUGUCAGGCAAGCGACAGGUGUAAAACAUAGCAACCUAGUGGAAUGACCAUAACACACAGUCCUGUCCAACCGAGUAUAUAUCCGGUGUAGCACUCAUAGUUUGGCCUUUGACCGCAAGCCUUUUUUUCUUCUGAAAAGACUUAUUUCGCUGUUUGUCUCCAAUGCAACAACAACAAUGUAAAAAUCUUAAGAUAUCGAUUUUUUUUGGUGUCCGCAAUCUGCUCUGUACUGCUGUUAAAACUCAACACUGCUGCUUUGCCAGAUGGGGGAACGAGAUCAAUUCUAAUGGAAUGAUGUCGCAUUCCAUGCAUCUUCUAAAGCCUGAGCGUACAUUCAUCAUGUUUGUGUCCUUGGGGGUGAAGACCGCUUUGAAAUGUGCCUCGCGUUAUUCGCGUUGUUCUAAUUUGCCUGCGCACGAGUAGAGCUUGGCAACAUAUGACUCUUGUCUGAUAAACAGACUUCCUUUUUAUUCGCUCUAACAACUUUGGUGCAUUUUUCCCUGCAAUGCACCGUUUGUUUCAGUAACCGAAUGCAUUUCUGAAGGAGGACGGAAAAAAAAAAUCCACUGUCUGAUCCCUUCGAUGCUUACACAGCUUAUGCCACUUAACUUCUGACAGGAAGCGUCUCUGCCAUACAGCCACUAAUAUACAUAAUGUAACAUCACAUGUCAUUUAUUUUUUCUAUGCUUUGUAAAGAAGUGUCCAUAAACUUUGUAAAUAUGCGCAAGCAAAGACCUGGGACAGGAUAUGCAAAUGUUUGUGCUGUAUGUUCAGCUUUGAAUAUUUUGCGGUACCAAGCUCAGCAGCAAACACUGUACUGUAUGGAAGAGAAAUAAAUUACCUAAAGGUG